UUCCUUUUUCUGGUCCGUUUUGGCGGUGUCUAUCCGCUAACAUGGUUUACUUAUUUUUGGCUCGAUCUGAUUGGUAGGGAGCAGGCUCGGGGAAUGGACGGGCUGCUGGAAGAUGGGAUUGGGAAUGGGAUUUGGGGGUUUCAAAAGCUGACUCCGUUAAGGCGGUCUAGGCUGACUUGGUGUGUAGACUUGUAUAGACAGCCAGAACAAGCCAGGACACCCUUCUUCCCUACUAUGUACGUCCCGGGCCCAAAUACCCACACCCCCUUUUCCGCGCCCGCAUCCUGACAGGCGGUCUGCUAGGAUUAUUUGCAACGUGGGGGAUGUACUAGAAACUGGAAAAUAGGGCAUGUAACACUCAGGAAGUAGCAAAGUAGCAGCAGUGCCCUGUUGUUGCCUCCGUGCGGCGGCGAUGAUUCACGAGUACCUCCCACACACACACACACACGCGCACGGCACGGGCACACCCUCUCCCUAGUAUAUAUUUGUUCUCAUGGCCAUCCCAUGCGCUCCCGUCCCAUGCCUCCGUUUCCCUUGCUUAAUACCCCAGAUAAUCUUCGAUAGCCAUAGAGCAGUAAUACAUAAUCCAUCAACCCCAUCGUCAUCCAAGCUAGAGAUCACUACUAGCUUUCCUCAACUAUACUACUGCUACGCGAAUAUCGUCGAUUCCGCUAUAUACGCAACUGACUCUACACGCGAACUCAAACAGCUUCCUCCUCUCCUGAGACGCCACAAAGCUCAGCCAUAUACAACUCCUAUAUACCGAGAAGCAAACUAUUUUGCUUGCCCCACGAAAGUCGAAACUUCGAAAAAAAUGUACAGCCCGUACGGCUCCUACAGCUCGAUGAGCUCGGCCUCGCAGCCGAUGGACAUCCCCACCAGCAGCUACCUCUCGUACAACUACAACGGGUCCUACAGCUCGCGCUGCGCGUUCCCGUCGUGGCCGCAGCGCUCGUCGCUGACGGACGAGCACGACCAGCAGAGGGCGACCUCCUACCUCUCCGACGACGACCUGUUCCCGUGCGACGACUCCGACGACGCGCACAGCGUGUCCAGCGCCGGCAGCACGACGCCUACGUCACCCGUCGCCGCCGCCACCGAGGCCGACAUGCUGCGCAUGCAGCGCGAGCAGAUGGCCAUGCAGCGCGAAGCCAUCAAGUUCCUGCUCGGCGAAAAGGAGCGCCGGAAGCAGCAACAGCAACUACAGCAGGCGUCUAAGAAGCAACGGCGCAGCUCGUCGGGCUCGAAGAGGAGCAGCCCGAAGACGAAGCAGGCGCACCUGGACGCCAUCGCCGAGGCCGGUGAAUGAAGAGGCCCCCCACUCUUUUGCCAUGACGAUACGAUUUUUUAAUGGUGAGUUUCAUUCUUUCCCUAUACCCUGCUUUUCGGGACAAGGUCCCGGCAAAAGCGCUUGAAAUCCAUGAGAAUAGACCAGUUUGCUGACCGCUAUACACUAGAACAAUUUGGAUCUUUUUUUACUAGCGAAUCUUAACGAAUGGAUAUGAUUAUGACGACUUAACGCCCCCCCAAUAUGAUACCCCCCAAAUUAUACCCCCGAUGAGUCACCACCAAAGCACCCAUCAGCAUUUGCAUUAGCAUCAGCAU